AUGGAAGUUGAUGAAGAUUCUACUGGAGAUGCUUCAGACAGCGAUGGAAGCGAGAGUGAAAUUGAGGAGGGAGAAGAUGAGGAUGACAAGGAUCGCUUCCCUUCUUUAUUCUCCAAUGUGGAAUCUAUCUGUUUCGAGAACGACUCCUUAACCGACGUUUGGGCCAAUGUCACCCGCAGCGAAAUUGCAUGGGUGUUUUCGGGCUUCAAACCUCAUAAUGUUUGUGCCACCUAUGACACCUCGAAAAAGGAUUUCAUGACCUAUAUCAUGCGAGAUAUACGAGAAUGGUGGAGAUUGAGAACCUUCACUUGGCAUCAAGUUACCAAUCCGGACUUCAGUCCACUGAACCCAGCCAAGUACCUCAACUACCAUAUAUCUUCUAUCAAUACCUGUGUCAUCGCCAAUCACCAUACCGGAACCACAGAUGCACAGACCACUACAGCACAACAACAGCCUACCGACGAGUGUACAUGUCCAAUUACCCUUCACCAUAUGACCGAUUUCGUCUAUCGCAUCGGACCUUCAAGAGAACCCCCAACAAAUUUCGAUAAAUCCCAAAAGGCAAAAUGCAACUAUGUCGGAUUAUAUAAUAUUCCCGAACAUUAUUCUCCUAGUUGUUGGUCAGAACUGGAAAAAGAACUCAAAAGCAAGGUCAAAAAUCAACCUAUCAGGUCAGGUAGAGUCUGGUCGAAGAAUGAAAAAGACAGGAUGAAGCGAUGGAAAAAGGAGUUUGGGUCGUUUUUAGUGGAUUCGAAGAAAUGGGUUGAUUGUCCUUGUUGUGGCAGAUUCUAG